AUGACCACCGACAGCUCACGACCGGAGUCGUCACAACCACUAACCGACGCUGAAAAGAACAAACAGCUGGAAGAGGCAAUGAAGAAAAUGCAAGCGACAAUCGAUUCCCUACAGAAAGAGGUCACGGCACUACAUAAAGACAAGAGCAUUGGACACACCAGGUCGACCAGCAGGCCAAAUAAGACCUUGCAGAGCGUAGCACGUCGUCUUGAAAUAAAUGAUGGUGCAGACGAGGCACCACCAGAAGAGGACGCUGAAAAUGAUCAACCUCCACCCGAAGACGAUGAGGAGGAGGACAUGCAUGGUCGACAUGAUGAAAGACGUGACGACGACAAGGACGACAGACAGGACGACGAUCGGGAUGAACACCACGACGGCCGUGAAAGACGGAGGUCGAGGCAUAGGUCGUCAAGGUCACGUGACAAGGUCCCAGAGUUAGUCAAGAAGGAGCUCAAAGAGUUCCGAGAGAUGAUUUAA